AUGAGUGCCAAUCCCGGACCAUCUGGCCAAGCCGAGCUGGCUGAGGCAAUCUACGACUACAAGCCCCAACAACCAGAGGACCUCGAACUCCAUGCCGGCGAUAAGAUCACGGUUCUCCAGAAGGUGAGCGAGUCCUGGUGGAGAGGCUCCAUCAACGGCAAGGAGGGCAUGUUUCCUGCCAAUUACGUCAGAGUCUUGGGCUCGGCAGGCCCUACUCCUCCGCCGGUUGGACCUCAUCCACAGCAAUACCAGCAGCAACAGUACCAGCAGCAGUACCCACAACAGUACCCACAACAAUACCCACAACAAUACUACCAGCAGCAGCCAAUGGCCCCAAUGUACGCUCCACAGCAGUACUACCAACCGCCCCAGCAACAACAACAACUCACCCCAAUGAGCGUGGCUGAGGGCCAGCCUCAACAGCAACAGCAACAGCAUCACGGAUCGGGCAUGUUCAAGAAAUUUGGCGCCAAACUCGGUAACGCAGCCAUCUUUGGUGCUGGUGCAACCAUCGGAAGUGACAUUGUCAACUCGAUCUUGUAA